GGGUACCCCACGCCGCCACUCCAAGUCGCCUUCAUCGCGUGGGUAGAGGAAGGGGGUCUCCUCUGUGUCUCCACGCCCGCCCGAUCCCCCUAUCCGGGGGGUGGAUGCUGCAGACCCCCGGGAGCCUGCGAGGCCAGAGCGCGCGACAGAGGACACCUGGGUUCUGGAAUAAAUUUGAGGAGCACCAUGGGGAACCAUGUUGGAAAACGGGAACAGAGUACUGAGAAGGCAAAGAACCCUGAAGGUAAAGUGGAGGAAGCUGAAAACAAAGCGAGCCCCAAAGCAGACCGGCUCACCCAGCAACCCUCUGAGGACAAUGAAGUUUUUGGAGAGGCAGAUGUGAACCAGAACAAUGGGACCUCCUCUAAGAGCACAGCGGUGACAGACUCCAAGGGCGCAGCAGACCCAAAGAAUGCCUGGAAGGAGGCCAACCCAGCUGACACGACUGGUCGUCCCCAUUUGGUCCGCCUCUUUUCCCGAGAUGCCCCAGGGAGAGAAGACAACACCUUCAAAGACCGGCCCUCUGAAUCAGAUGAGCUACAGACCAUUCAGGAGGACAGUGCAGCAGCUUCUGAGAACUCGGAUUUGAUGGCUUCACAGAAACGCUCCUCUUUCCGGCAUGGAUCCAAACUUGCAACUGCAAGUACAAUAGACCAUGCUAGACAUGGAUCCCCCAGAAGAUACAGGGAACCGGGUCUACUUGACUCACUGGGCAGAUUCUUUGGAGGUGACAAACAUUAUCCCCGGAGGGGCAAGGAUUAUCACCACGCUGCCAGAAUUGGCCAUGUAAGUUCCCUGCCUCAUCCAAGAUCUCAUGGCCGGUAUGUGGAUGAGAACCCAGUAGUCCACUUCUUCAGGAACAUUGUGUCACCCAGGUCAACUCCUCCCCUGCAUGCAAAGGGGAGAGGAUCAUCCUUUUCCAGAUUUAGCUGGGGUGGCGAAACUCACAGGCCUGGAUAUGGAAGUGGAAGAUUCUAUGAGCAUAAAUAUGCUCACAAGGGACACAAGGGAUACCACUAUGAUGGCCAGGGCACACUGUCUAGACUCUUUAGACUGGGAGGAUCUGGUUCCCGACCUGGCUCCCGGUCUGGCUCUCCCAUUGCUAGGCGCUGAAGCUCUCAGAUGUUACCAAAGGGCUACACUCUCUGCUUUAUAACAUAGAUGCCUUGAAGGUUUAAUAACAAACUGCAGAAUUCCCUAGAUAGAAACACAAUCUAUUUGUUAGUGUCACUGAGUUGUGCAUGCAGUAGAAGUACACCAAAAAAAUUAUUGGCAAAUGCUGACCAAGAACAAAUGCAAAACGAAACAAACUCCCAAAUUUUCAAAGUAGCUUUUACUUGCUGUCAACAGCAUUACUUUAGGGAAAGUAACAGUCCCCCCCCCAUAUUAUUCAUCCAUCUUCAAGGUGUUUCCAAAGAAUAUAGGGCUUUAAUUUUUUAAGCACAUACAACAUUAAGUCCCUUUCAGAUUUCUUUUUCACUAAACUUUAAGUAACAACAUACUACACAAUUGUCUACUUUAACCCUGCCAUUAACGGACUUUUGAGAUCUCUGCUGUAAACAAAGAAAACAAUAAUAAAAAUGUGCAGAAGUUGUAAGGACUGUUUAUCCAAUUAUUAUUUUUUAAUUAUUUGGUUUUGAUUUAUUAUGAUUUCAUUUUUUCAGUACCCCCUUUCUCUCACAGUUUGUAUUUGAUUUUUUUUCCUAACUGGAUUAGGCAGUCACGGAAAGGUAUAUUCAACUGGGAGUUCAAGGUAUGUUGCAAUGUGGGAGAAGGCAGUUGUUACUGUUUCAAUGAGAUUGAGCUAUGGCCAUAGGGAAUGAUGCACCUUCUAGUGCAUGACCAAUUGCUCGUCAUCACACCCAACACAUUAGAAAUUAAGAGUGGCUGGGAGAGAGAAAAGAGGAUCUCAAACUUGAAUUAGACUAGUUACAACAGAAAAUGAGGGAUCAUUCCAACAUUAGGAAAAGGAAAACAUAGAGUUUGGACAUGUGAAUGUCCCUGCAGCUCUACACAGGCACUUGCUGCAACUAAGUCUGUUUGCAGCUACAAUAAAAAAAGAGUCUAAUUUCUAAAUAACAGAAAGCCCUUUGGUGAGGAAGCUUCAGAUAGUAUCUGCACAUCUAAAGUUAGUGUUCCUAGCUGUCGUGUUAGUGCAGCAGAGUUAAACAUACAGUGCACCAGAGCAAACUACACUGUUAGAUUGUAGGUAUUAAAACUAAUGAGCUAGAAAUAGGUGCUAAUUGUUGACAAAAAUACUAAGGAAUAAACAUGUGGGAAAUGGGUCUACCCAUCUACAUGAAGAAAAAUGCUCUUCUGAAUUGCACUGUUUUAUAAUAUUCAACUUAUUCUGUCUCUAAAUGACCUUCCUGUACUCAUGAAAUGUUUUAUUUGAGCUUAUAUGUUGUAGACACUAUAUUAAAGACUAAGUUGGCACCUGCCUUUAGCUAAUGAACAUCAGGAGUUACCAACGUUAAUGCCAACUGACAUAUAGUGGAUGUUGUUGUUGUUCUUGUUGUUAGCGAUAGGUCACUCUAAUCUACCAUAGGUUUCAAGCAACAUUCUUAAUAUGCAGCAAUGAAAGAUGAGAGGGUAGAAACACACAGAAACAAACAAAACAGAAUACCAAAAUUGUUAAGCACACGCAAACACAUUGCAUCUUCUUUCAAAAUGUUGUUGGCUAUGUGUAUUUUUCUAUGUGUAGCCUCAUCCAGUUGUGUAUUCCACAACAUAAUAGUGAGUUUCACUUAAGUGUAUUGUUCUUAAAUGUGUAUGAAUACAACUCCUGGAAAAAAAACACCAAUAUUGAAAUAAAAUACUCAACUUU